AUGGCAUCCAAUAUGAAAACAUGUUUUGUUGAGCGCAAGGACGCCAUUCAAGUCCAUGACCACUGUCCGGAACGGCCCUAUGUUGAGUUGGAGGUUCCUCAAGAUGCGAAGAGAGUCACUGCAGUUACCUUCGGUGGCAUAUCUCGCGAUCAAGGGUGGGCAGACAGAUCAGAAGCAGUCUCCUUUACAUGGUGGGAUGCUUCAGUUAAACGUCCAGAAGGACGUGGAGAUCUUCGCACGAUCACUGUUCUCAAUAACCGCCUGGCUAAUGAUGAACCUCAGGAUUGGUCUGAUAGAUGGACCGUUUUUCAUGGGCCAAGGCGAAGACUCUGGAUUGAAGCACUCCGACCAGGCGAUAUUAUUCAGUUAAUUCCUCGAGCUAUGUAUAUGGCUUGGGUGAACAUCAUCGACGGGGGCAGGAUCAAGAUUGAGUACGAACCUAAGGAAUUGGAAGAGGAGCUUCAAGCGAUGCAACUCACUUCAAAUGCUUCGCAUUAUACUGGGGCGUUGAGUGUCGAGAAGCAGGAUAUUCGACUCCUUCACGUUCAGCCAGGGACUUUUGACGAUCCGAUCAGAUGUUCUUUUCGCUUGGCAAGCCUGAAAGAAGUCGAGUCAAAAGGGAUCGGCUUCCACGCCUUAUCGUACUGCUGGGGAGAUCCCACCGAGCGAGAGGAAAUCUUCUUAUCUAAAGAAGGUGACUUUGACAAUGGAAAAGAAGGAAUACCUUUUAGUAUUGGAAAGUCUGCUGCCCAGGCUCUUCGUCGGUUGAGGCUGGAGAGUGAAAUCCUUGUUAUCUGGAUCGAUGCUGUGUGCAUUAAUCAAGAUGAUCUCGAAGAGAGGGCCCAGCAGGUCACGCUGAUGAGUCAGAUUUAUUCUUUGGCCUCAGUAGUUCACAUCUGGCUUGGUGAGGAUAACCACGGUAUCGAGGCUUGCUUGAAGCUCAUUCGAGAUAUUUGCAACUCGAACUCCGGACUAUGCCCAGGCGGUGAACAAUGCUCGUGUCUUGGAACAGCUCACACAACACCACUUGAAGAGAUCAGGGCGUAUGAGCAAAGCAAGAAGGAUGAGGGCCAUGCGAUAUCCUUCAAGGGAAUGUGGGAGGUUUUCGAUAUUCAUUUGAAGACCUGGACAAGGGAAAUCAUUGAUCUUGCAGGCUGGUAUGGAAACACCCAGCUGUCAUUCCUCAUGAGCACUCUCUAUGAGAACCCAUGGUUUACACGAGUAUGGGUGAUUCAGGAGGCUCUAUCAGCAAAACAACCGUUCAUACACUGCUCCGGUGAGCAAGUUCCAUGGGAAGAAGUGGUUCAGGUCAGCAAUUGGCUUGAAAAUCCUGGUUACUCAGGUCAAAGCCCCCAUAUCGCCUCACAGCAGAUUUCCAUGGCGGCUAUUUGGAAGACUUUAAAGCCGAAGGGGAGAACAACAGAGGUACCGACAACUCCCAUCGAAGCACAGGAUACGAAUGAGUUGUCGAGUAUUCUGGAAGUGUUUCUUUCAGGUCUGGAUCUCAAGGCGACUGAUCCUCGAGAUAAGCUGUUUGCUUUGCUCACCUUUGCGAAUGAGACGCAUGAUACUACGAAGUUGGAUGACUUGAUUCGACCUAACUAUGACAAGUCGAAAGAGAGAGUAUUUGCCGAUUUUACUCGCUGGUGGAUCCGGGAGCACAAUUCAGUUGCAAUCCUUUCGUCCAUUCAUUGUCAGCCGUCACGUACUUGGGUAAAGAUUCUAGGCCCGGACACUGAUGACCUAGUAACAAACCGACCAACUUGGUCUGUUGACAGCAAAGGAAGCUCAAGACGGACUCAAGCCAAUUUGAACGCCCGAUUUAAGUUCACAGCAGCAGGCGAUACAAAGCCAGAUCUUGAGCUUCUGAAGACCGACGAUCCUCUGAUUCUUCGACUUUCAGGGCUUCAUAUUACAGAGAUUAAGAACAUCAGUCACGCACCUAUCGAGUACAUCUAUCCUUACCAAGGCUCUACCGGAAAUCAAAGCGAAUUAUCUUAA